UAUUUUUGUUCCAUUUUUGUUUUGUUUUUUCAAUGUUCAUUGUAAUUAGAUCAGCACUGACUAGUGAUUUUUAGAUAUGAAUAUAAAUCAUGAUAUCAAUUUAAAGCUUAACAAAAGAAACUGAAUAUAUAGCCAAAGUUGCACUAAAGUUAUGACUGAACUAUAAACACUGAUUUGCUGCAUUCAAGGCAGCACAUUUUUAGAUGGGAAGCUAACGAUGAGCCAGACAUGCAGGAGAUUUAUGAUCUUUAUUUAAUAUUGGGGAGAUAAUUUAGCAUUUUCUUGAUCUCCACCUACUUAUUGAUGUCAGUCAGGUUCUGUUUUAUGGCAUUUUCUGAUUCUACACAUCUACCUGUAAGUUAAAUACACAACAAAUUAAAAUAAAAGUAACACCUAACUAGAGUCAAGCUAACUGCUAACUAGAAUCAGGUCAAAAACAACUACAAUUUUUCUGUCCGAUUUUUUCGCGUAGUCUUUCCUGCUACUAAAUAGCCGCAAUCAGACUUUUCAGUAGACGUCAUUAAACCCAAAGCGACCCGCAUGCGCAGAAGAAGGAUGUUGACGUCACGCAGCUGAGCUCUGUUUACAGAAAUAAAAAUUGAUCCCACUGUCUAUGGAUCGAUAGUAAGGUUAUUCACCAAUGUGAGAUAACAGAAUUGUCACACAAUUAUACAAAACGAAGGAAGCUAAUAAAAAAGAAAGAACUGAAGACGCUGAUCGCAGAUUUUGUCAGUGUUGCCCGGAUGUGCAGACAAAAAAAAAAAAAAAAACGAAUGGCGACCUUUGAAGAGCGUGUAAUGUUCGAAGAUGCGGAGAGCAUCUCCGUUUAUUCAAUAAUGGAGCAACCAUGGUUGAAAUGCAAAGGACUCAACGUGAGCGGAAAGAAGUCAACGUUGGUUGAAAGAUCUUCCUGUUGACACUGCUGAUAGCCCUUCAACACUAUACACCUUUACACAGCAUUACCACUGUCGUACCAGUCAAGUUGCACUCAUCUCCUUCUGCACACUCUUAGUUAACACUCUGGCCUUGCAUUAUACUGCAAAUUAGCUGUUUAGCGGAUGCAAGAAAAUACACAGGGGCCCCUGUGACCGAUGUAUUUAUACCCGGUGCACUGGCAUGCACGGUUCAAACCUGGGACAUUUCGCUUCUCUCAGCCCUCAUUGUGGCUCUGAUUUACGGCCAGGGGUUUUUUAGAGAGAGGGCAUAACAUGACCCAGGAGGCAGGAGAGGACAGAGAGGAAGAGCUGGAUAGUAAAUGACAGAAGAGCAAGCACUAAAUCACAUAAAUCAUCUUCAUAAAGAGCAAGUUCAGCUGGUCCUGAUGAAGAAAGAGAUUGGUGAGCACCAACAGGUGUCCACGCCGCAGGCCUCCCAGUACAAACACAUUCCACCCUUUCGUGACUCCCAGCAUGGGACGCCCAAUCAGGCCGUGGUUUGACCAGUGGAGCCACCAGUGGGGCGGGAGAGACGCACGCUGGACGGACAGAGUGUCCUGCUGGAGGACGUAGUCUGGAUUCAGGGGGAUUGUCCCAAAACGACUGCAGCCUUUAACAAGGAUGUAAUAGUGGCCAUCAUGGUUCGGAAGAGGUUGGGUUUCAACAUGGACUCAUUUCUCAUAAUUUGCUGCAUUCUUUGUUUCACCUCCACAGGCGCCUCGGAGACGGAGCGACGGCUCCAUGAGAAGUUGUUCCAGGACUACAACGUGAAGGUGAGGCCGGCUCGCCACUGGAAGGAGAGGGUGACGGUGCGCGUGGGGAUGACGCUGUCCCAGCUCAUCAGCUUGAAUGAAAAGAACGGCGAGAUGACAACGAACGUGUUCAUGAAUCUGAACUGGACAGACUACAGGUUGUCAUGGAAACCGGAGGAAUACGACGACAUUGCUGUAGUGAGGAUUCCCCCCAACAAGGUGUGGCGUCCUGACAUCUACCUCAUAAACAAUCACGACGGGCAGUUUGACGUGGCUCUGUACGUUAACGUCUUGGUUUACAGUAAUGGUAUGGUCUCUUGGUUGCCACCUGCCAUCUACCGUAGCUCCUGCUCCAUUGCGGUGGCAUAUUUCCCAUUUGAUUGGCAAAACUGCAGCAUGGUUUUCCGCUCGUACACCUACGACUCUUCAGAGGUCGACCUGCAGGUUUACCUUGAUGAGAACGGGACAGAAAUCCAUGAGAUCGUAAUUGAUAAAAAUGCUUUCACAGAGAAUGGCGAAUGGGCCAUACGCCACAAACCAAGCAGGAAGAACGUUGGAGAUGAUCUGUACGAGGACAUCACCUUCUACCUCAUCAUAGAGAGGAAGCCUCUCUUCUACAUCAUCAACAUCAUCGUGCCCUGCAUCCUCACCAGUGUGUUGGCUAUAUUCGUCUUCUACCUGCCUCCUGGAGCAGGGGAGAAGAUGACUCUCUCCAUUUCCGUCCUGAUCGCUCUCACUGUCUUUAUGUUGCUGCUGGCCGACAAAGUCCCUGAAACUUCACUCGGCAUCCCGAUUAUCGUUAAUUAUGUGAUGUUCACCAUGAUCCUGGUCACCUUCUCCGUCAUCCUGAGCGUCGUCGUUCUCAACCUGCACCACCGAACGCCCAGCACCCACAUCAUGCCAAACUGGGUUAGAAAGGUGUUCAUUCACAUCCUGCCCAGAUACAUUGGCAUGAUGAGACCAAACCCAGAAGAACCUUUACUGGAGAAGGACUCUGAGAAGGACGACACAUCGUUCCGUGCUUUCAGUGGACGCCAACCUGGAGGAGAGUACUUCUUCCGCAAGAUCAACCCUGAUCUUGUCUUACCAUGGAGAGGGAGGUGUGAGAGCACAGUGCAGCUCCAGCAGCUCCCGGACUCGGACCAGUUCUGCCUGAUCCUCCCUCCCAACCUGAAGUCGGCCAUCAGUGCCGUGUCCUACAUAGCCGAGCAGCUAAAGAAGCAGGACAAGGACGAUUCGAUGACAGGAGACUGGCAGUUCAUCGCCCUGGUGGUGGACCGCCUCUUCCUGUGGCUGUUUGUCAUCAUCACCACCCUGGGAACCCUGGCCAUGUUCCUGGAUGCUAGUUUUAAUUACACGCCGGACAACCCGUUCCCAUAAAGGACAGCAUCGCUAAAACACGCCGUGCAGGUCAAACGUUCCCCAAGUCAGACUUCCCUUGACCAAACUGUUCUGUUUGGUUCUGCUCAGCUUGUUUUGUGAAGUUGCCUUUCUCUGAAAAGUAAACAGAUGCCAAAUGUUGAAUCAAAUGUGUUAUUUUUCUACAAUUUAUGUAUUCAGUCCAGUUUUAUGGCGCAAAAAACUUGAAUUUUGUUCAUUUUGCACUUAAAACUCACUGGACGUAGUUUAUAUUUUUAUCCAGUAGAGGGCAGUGUAUAUAUUUUAAUCAAGGCUGCAGCAGCCAAGGGAACCUGUGUAAUGCUGUUUCAUGUUUUAUUGCUGCACUUCUGUUGUGUUUAAGAAAGCCACAUUCUGAAGCAGGGAUUUUACUAUUAUUAUUAUUAUUAGUAGUAGUAUAAUAGUAAUAGUUCUUUAGUGUUUUAUUGGAUUUUUAGUCAGAUCCAACUGAAAACGGCAGUUUUAUUUGAUAAAAUCCUUAAAGGGAUUUACUUUCCUGUUCCUUUAUUUUUGUUUGAGAUACCAGAUUACAGUCUGGAAGAAACUCUGAAGAAAUUUACAAGUAAAAAUCUCAAACAUGAGAACAUUUCUUAUUACUGGCUCUCAAAAGCGUACAUAUUUUAAAAUAGAAACCAUUUUACUGUUGGUACAGAACAUCCACUGACAUUCACAGAUCAUGUUAAAUCAGCCCAGUGUUGCUACUCUGUGUUGCUACCAUAUUUGGCUUUAGUUGUUGUUGUUUUUCCCUCUGUGUCUGAGCAAAAUGAAAGCGAUAGCAUUAGGCAGGAUCUACAGUAUAAUCCGAAUUUUAACUUCCCUUGCAUCCAAGUAGCUUUUUAGGACAAAUUUACGCAGGUUGAGUCAUGUAACGGAUAAAAUAACAUUUUAUAUAACGUUAAUGUAGUUCAGUUAAAAGAAAAAACAUUUAUGUGAAAAACAGUGAGCCUCACACAACCAACCAAUUGUUAAUUUAAAGUUGGUUAUUCAGGGUAAACAUGCAUUUGAACAAACCUGAGCACAUCAGAGUAACAAUGCUAGUCAGAAGGGGAGCAUAAAUAUAUCUGUUUGGUCAGAGUGUGUGUGCUCUAGAUUAGCCUCCAGUUUUUGUCAUAAAUGGUUUUUUCCUACUAUCGUGAAUUACAGACACAUUGGUUAGAACUCCAAACUAAUGCUUUCAGUCAGUGUUUCUCCUCUUCCUCUUUGGAUAAAUCUGAAUUUAAAUUUUUACGAUAUUAACUGAAACUGGAUUAUUAAGACUAAAGUGUUUGUAGUGGCACAUCUAAGUUUGGUUAUGUAAAUAAAAC